AUGGGUUCCUUCUCACGUACUCAGUCCCCAGUCCUUGCCAUGCCGCCGAGUGCUGCCCACCAGCCCGCGUUCGGUAUGCCCAUGUACUCGCUCCAGUCAUCUCCUCUAAGCCGUCCUGGGCCCUUUUGUCCUUCUGCUCGGCCCCAACCGCCUGUGCAGCCGUCAUUUCCACGCAGUGCCGGCCGCAAGCGCUCAAGAGAUGAGGCAGCCAUCAACCUCGAUGUCGAAGAGGCCAAGCUUGAAACCAUUGAGCCUGUCAAAGAAGCAGAAGACGAAUGGGUCUAUGGCGAGGGCAUGGUCCUCAUCAAGAAGUCUCAGGCCUAUGUCGCCGACGCUGGCAGCCAGUCCGGAACUUGGCUCGAGGAAAAGGCAGCUGCAGAAGAGAAGCGCAGAAACGAAGAAGCCCGUGCAAUCCAUCAGCAAGAACGCCCUUCUCUUCGAAGCAACAAAUCUCAGCGCCUUGACAUGAGCUCUGUUUCCAUCCCCGCUCUUGGCUCUCAUCUCAAUCGUUCCAGUCCCGUCCGCGACGUCAACGACACUGUCGCGGCAGCUCCUGCCCUGGCUGUGGACGGCAGCUCACAACCUGUCAUCGACAACUUCACACUUCAUCUGGGCAUCGGCUGGAGUCGCAUCAACACCGACGAACACAGACAAGCCGCCGCCCGGGGUUGGGCGCGUUACAUUGAGAAUCACUUCCCCAUCAACAACGUCCAAAUACAGCUUGAGAGCAAGGGUCUGCAAUCCUAUCUCGUCGAGGCUUCUGAGGGGUUCUUCCUCUUUGCCGAAGACUUGCAAAAGGGUCAGUUUAUCAGCAGCGACCUCAACCAGACUUUCCAAAACCUCAAGGCCUCCCCGCCUGUCUUUGAGGGCCUAGAAGUCAUGACUGCUGCCGGCACACCCCAGCCAACACCAUCCCAAGAUGUCGAAAUGAUGAUGACUUGA